CGGGUACUAAGACAGUUGGAUAUAUGGGCCUUAUGAGCCGCCCACUGGAACCAUCUCUAUCUGUCCUUGAUACGAUGUCCAGCACCGAGUUGGAGCUUACGAUCCUUGGUAUAUUCGAUGCGAGGUACCUAACAUUCGCUUGUUAUUCAUUAGUUAUUUAUGACCACGCCUUAACGCUCGAUCAAGAGAUCGGUUACUUUUGGAAUCGCUCAUGGAGCGUUUCUCAGUUUCUCUUCUUCCUUGUCCGUUAUCUUACAUUGUGUACGAUCAUCAUAGACCUGACUACCAUUUUCUUGAGUGGAUCAAAUCCAACCGUGUGUUCUGACUUGUUUCUCUCAAGCUAUGGUCUCUUUGUUACCAUCCUAAUUAUUGUCCAAGUGGUUCUAACUCUGCGAGUCUGGUAUCUAUUUUCUGGAAGACGCACCAUCCAGUUGUUGGCUGCUGGCUGUUUUUGUGUGUCAUUUAUUGCCACCAUACCCUUGGUUAUAAGGCUGUCAACCGAGAUUCGCAUGACUCUUGUAAUGCUUCCUGGCAUGAGUGGCUGCAUCUUCGCUCCAAGCAAUGACAGACUGUGGGCGGCAUAUCUUCCCGUCCUCUUCAUACAUUCGGUGCUUUAUAUAUUUUUGGUAUAUCGGGUCCUGUCUUGUCGAGUUACUAUCAGCCGUGCGCCUAUUUUAAAGCGCUUCCUCAGAGAGGGGGGAUUGGCAUAUCUGGUCACCACUGUUACUAUCCUCUACUCUGUCGUUGGCUCCACUUUAAUGAAUGAUCCUACGAUGUUCAUACCCGUUUCUUAUCCAAGCUUGGUACUCGCCACCUCAGCAGUUUCCACAACCCGUCUGAUGCUGAGCAUUCGAUCUCUGGCUUCCGAUCUUCAUGUCAAUGCUGUCUGGUUGCUGAAUCAUGCCGAGUUAGCCCGAUUGAAUUGGAAGAGGGGCCCUAACGAGGGAGAGCUGAUAGUUGAGGUCAAUGAUCUGGGUCAUUUCGAACUUCCAAGCAUGCACAAGAGUCCGUUGGAAAGGCCCGACAGUGUCCUUGCGCUGGUAUGAGUGUCACGUCCUACACAUCAUAUUGACCAGCUAUUAGUGGUCUUUUCUACGGUUUUCAGAAUGCAGCAGCUUCCUUCGAACAGGAAGCCGGCAGUGCUCAGAAAACUGCUCAAGUUAAUAGAGGAGCUACGAUUUGUAUUACCCUUACUUGUACUAUCACUUCGAGUCCUUUUGGAUGAAAGAUGUUAUUUAGAUGAUCUCAGAAUUUGAUUUACUGUCUUUUCAAUUACGAUCAAAAAAUUCAUGUUAUUCUUUCAUAUGACUGGUGCUAUGAUGCUAACUUACAAUUUUACGACUGGGCUGUCGACGAAACAUACCGUACUGUAAAU